AGAUCAAAAGUAAAAAUCAUUCUCGGUCACAAAGUUUUCGUUUACAUAGUUUCUUAUUCCAAAUAAAAAAUGGCUUCAGUGGAGGCGCUGUACAAGGAGCUCACCGUCGAGUGGUCAAAACGUCCACCAAACACCAAUAAGUGCGGCCAGUUGUUGGAUCAACUAAAGGUGGCCCUGGUAAAGUUGGCGUUUCUGCCUACAGACGGCAAUGAUGCCCAAAACUCGAAAAAACAAUUGUUGCUGGCGCGGAACGUGCUGGAAAUAGCUGUGGAGUACAGCGUUAUAAGUAAAGAUCUGCUCGCCUUCGAGCGCUACAUGUCGCAGCUGAAGUGCUAUUACUAUGACUAUGCCAAGAUUAUUGGCGAGUCGGAGAACAAAUACAAGUUACUGGGCCUUAAUCUGCUAUACUUGCUGUCUGGUAAUCGUGUGUCUGACUUCCACACUGAACUGGAGCUGCUGUCAGUGGAUAUUAUACAGCAUAACCAGUAUAUACGACCGAUUCUAGCACUCGAGCAGUACAUCAUGGAGGGCCGGUACAAUAAAAUUUUCCAGGCGAAGUCGUCGAUGCCAGCCGACGUAUACAAUUAUUUCAUGGACCGGCUUGUGCAGACAGUUCGCGACGAGAUUGGGGCCUGCAUAGAGAUGUCCUACGAGAAAAUCUCAGCCACGGAGGCCGCUAAACGCUUGAACCUGCGCGUACCCAACGAAAUCAAGGCGUUCGGUGAGUCCCGCAACUGGAAAUUAGUGGAUGAUGGUAAUUACAGCUUCACGGAUAGAAGCAUAAAGCCCAAAGAGCUACUACCUUCCGUGGAGCUAGCCGAGCAGGUGCUUAGCUACGCACGCGAUUUGGAAAUGAUAGUUUAAGACUCUACGCAGCCAAUGUCAUCGGCAAUAUACAUAUUAAAGUAUAAUAAAUAUAAAUGAAAUAAAUCGUUUUUAUAAGUUUUAUGUCAGCAUUAA